GUCACUCGACGAGUCUGUGAUGCAAAAAUCUAAACAUAACAUAACCUCGAAAGCUUCGAAUCCAAACUUAAUGAAACUUGAUUCAGUUGAUUCUAUUAUUUUAUUUACUUCACAGUGUCUAAAAUGCGUUUGGUAACAUUAUUCAAGUUUUUAAAAAUACAUACAAAUGGUCAAGUACUUCGCAGCUACUCCCAGGACUACACUCCGCAAGCAUUGAGGAGCUUAAAGGGGAAAUCUACUCGAAGCACAGUGCAAUACUAUGUCGAUAGUUUUAGGGUGCGAGCUUGUGGUGGCAAAGGCGGUGACGGUUGCAUCUCGUUCCUCCACGCCUGGUGCAAGGACCAGGCGGGGCCUGACGGCGGGGAUGGGGGGCAUGGAGGACAUGUCAUCUUCAAGGCUACUCACACAACAAAGAGUCUCAACUCACUGAACACUGUGAUUCAAGCCAAGCCCGGGGAGAAGGGCUACAACAAAGAUUGUACCGGAAAGAAUGCAGCUCAUGUUAUUGUACCUGUCCCUCUAGGAACAAUAAUAAAAGAUGCAAGUGGCAAAGUAGUGGGAGACCUGAGCACCGAGGGGGUGAUGUUUGUGGCGGCCCGCGGCGGUGCCGGCGGGCGGGGAAACAAGUUCUUCCUCACCGACACUGAGCAAGCUCCAGAUAUAGCUGAAAUUGGGGCUACUGGAGAAACCAACACAUACAUUGUAGAAGUAAGGUCCAUGGCACAUAUAGGGCUGAUUGGGUUCCCUAACGCGGGUAAAAGCACACUUCUAAGAGCUAUAUCCAGAGCUAGACCGAAAGUAGCUCCAUACCCAUUCACUACUCUAAAACCACACAUAGGAAUGAUUCCGUACGAUGACUAUGAGCAAGUUGCCGUAGCAGACUUGCCUGGGCUCAUACCUGGCUCCCACAAAAACCACGGACUAGGUAUCCAAUUCCUCCAACACGCAGAGCGGUGUUGCGGCCUCAUAUAUGUGGUGGAUGGGUCAUUGGCAGACCCCAUGGAACAGUACGAGACUCUUCACUAUGAGCUUGGCAAAUAUAGCCCGGGAUUGGCGGAUAGACCAACACAGAUAGUACUAAACAAAAUAGACCUGCCAGAAGGAAAGGAAAACCUAAAGAGACUAACUAAAGAACAAAACUUAGAUAUCCUAGGAAUAUCGGCGAAAACUGGAGUCGGUCUAGACUGGCUACUGAAAGUCAUACGAAAUAUGUACGAUAGUAACAAGUUAAUAGAACAAUCACAGAAGGAUGCAACUGCGAGUCAGAAUAACAGGAUUAUACUAUCGGAGAAGUGAAGUUGAAGAAGGAAUAUUGGUAUGUAUGCCAGCGGUUGCGAAAACGAUAUUAGAGGAAAAAUUAAAAUGUGUCGACAACUAAAAUAUAAUGGUAAUUAUAGUUGGUAACUUUGACUAUCUUUUCAAAAACCUAUGUUAAAUACCUAUGUAAAUAUUUAUUGUUAAAUAUAAUAUAGAAUAUGUACUUAUAUGUAAUUUAUAGUGCCUAAUGUACCUAUAUUUAAAUAAAUAUGAAGACUGUUAAACACCUAAA